CAGAAACACACUCCCCCUGACACCAUGAGCUACUACGGCAGCUACUACGGAGGCCGCGGCUACGGCUGGGGCGGCUUUGGUGGCCUGGGCUAUGGCUAUGGCUCCGGCUGGGGCUGGGGCGGCCUUGGUGGCCUGGGCUGUGGCUGUGGCUACAGGAGCUACGGCUGCUGGCGUCCGUGCUGCUGUGGGGGAUACGGAUACUCUGGCUUCUACUGAAACCCUGCCCAGCAGCUCAGCAUCUGCACUUACAAGGGACUUCCUCCCACAUUUGAUCUAAGGAACCGGACAGCUAACCUCAUGCUGGGUUAUUCCACAAACGUCUUUACUUCUCAGAAUUAUGGGUAGAUUUUCAACUGUGGCUGCA